CACAUACUGCCACCCCACUUCCCAGGAAAAGGAAAGCAAAGACCAUACAGGCUUUCUGCCUCCUACAGAGGGAGCAAGGCCUCAUAGGCAAGCUGAGGCUGUAUUUUGAAAGGAACUGGAGUGUGGAAGAAAAAUGGGGCAGUGCCAUAGUCAGGGUAGUCCUGGCCCAGACUUGAGCUACCAGCAUGAAUGAAACCCCCUCCUCCUGACCUCCAGGGGGCGCCACUCCUUCCUGGUCUUUCCCCUAGAUAGCAACAAGUCAAACUGCAUGUCUCCACUCACUAGUACUUUGCCUCUGGGUUUAUAAAGCCACCACAAGUUAUUUAUUGGCAGCAGAAGGGCAUGCCUGCACACCCCCACUGGCGUGGUGGAGUGGAAUGUGCUUCGUGUGGGGGAGGGGGCUGCCUUGGUUUCUUUAUCCCAGGGUGGACUUUGCGAUAGAAAAGCCUCUCAGAGCUGAUUGAAGCCAGGCCCUGAUUGCUCUAAGGAAGGGCUGAGGCGCUUCAGCGCACCUUCUUUCAUUUUCCUUAUAUCCCAGGAAGGAGCUCCUUUCCCAAUCAUCCAGUCCCUGUCCUCAUCCUGAGGAACUUGAGCAGCUGCUUUGGGUCUGGUGGAAACAUCUCUCCCUUCUCCCCUUAGCCAAAGGCUCAAGCUGAGGGACAGACAGGGAGCUGAGCUGCAGCUGCUUCCGAUGUGAUAAUGAUGCCCCCUCCCCUGGCCCGCCUCCUCUGACCAAGGUCUUUCAUAACCCUGUGGGGAGCUGCUGUCACCCCUGUGGUUUGGGAAGUGGCUCCUUGGACCGGGCUUCUCCUGAAGCAAGGCAGAAAAGUCACUGGGUUCUCUUUCCUCACUGGGUCUGAAGAAGGAAAUGGGAGAGCUGCUAGGCCCUGGAAGAGGUUAUUUAGGGCGUGUAGAUCAUCUCCUGGGAGGCCUAGGGUAGAGGGUGAGCUGGCACCUUCCUCCACCUUGCUCUACGGGGUGGGCUGGCCAAGUCUUACUGACCCUGAGAGCAGUCUCUGGGCCCCAUCUCCCGGGGAGGAGGGCAGCAUGCAGGCUGCUGUGAUUGGCUGGCGGGGAAGCCAGGGUACUGGGGCCCCCGACUGCUGUGAAUCGAGGAACAGGAUUCCUCUUCCUGCCAAGUAGCUCUCAGAGAUGGGAGUAGGAGGCCGGAGUUGGGAAUCUGGGAGGCCCCACAGCUCUUUGUGAUGAAUCUGGUAGUUUCUGGCAAGUCUGAAGGUCAAGCUGGUUUCCAAGCCAGAGAGCAAGAUAUGUUUGGAGGGGUUUAGGCUGGCAGGUAGAAGGGGACUUCCUUUUUGUGAAAAGUGGGGUAGUGUAUGUGUGUGUGUGUCUGUGAGGAGUUUUUCAGAAUAGGCAAAAGUACCCUUCCCUCACUCCCUCUGCCUGAGCUGGGAGUUGAGCAUGUCAGUGGCUUCCUGGGAGGUUAGAGUUGGAAGGGACCUCAAAGAACUCGAGUCAGUCGAAAUCCUUGUGCAGCAGAGAAGGUAAAGGCCCAGAGAAGGAGGGAAGGGACCUGCCUCAGCAUUCCACUGAAGCAGGACUGGGAGUUGCUGGUCCUGGGAAGGCUCAAGUGGGACCUGGCUGCUGUGAUUGCCCAUGACUUCUUGGUUCUGAUUCUGCACCGGCUCUCUCUGCCCAGUGACCGGCUAGCCUUGGUCAGAAAGCAUGCUCAGACCUUUUUGGCCCUCUGUGCUACAGAUUACGCCUUUGCCAUGUACCCGCCAUCCAUGAUCGCAACGGGCAGCGUUGCGGCUGCGGUGCAAGGCCUGGAUGCCUGCUCCAUGACUGCGGAGGAGCUCACGGAAAUGCUGGCAGGGAUCACAGGCACUGAAGUGGACUGCCUGCGGGCCUGUCAGGAGCAGAUCGAAACUUCGCUCAGGGACAGCCUCAGGGACUCACGGUCCAACUCCAGCCCAGCGCCCAAAGCCCCCCGGGGCUCCAGCAACGAGGGGCCCAGCCAGACCAGCACACCCACAGAUGUUACAGCCGUCGACCUGUAGCCCCGGAGAGGCCCCCUCAAGUGGCCACCAAGAGCAGGGGAGGGGAUACACACAGCCCCCUCCACCCCUGCUCUCCAAGAAUGAACGGUGCCACAUCUGAAGCCUGAGGGGGCUCCUAUUCACCCCUCUCAAAGCCUAAGGGGCCAGGUCCUACCUAUCCCUGCAUUGUGCACUAAGGGGCCAGGCCAGCGGUGUUUGGGUGGCUGGUCAAGCUCCUCCUCCACCUCCUUCCUGUAUCUGAACAGCUCCUUCCCUGACUCCAGCUAGGGGUGGUCCCGGCUUGUCAGAGACCGAAUUGAAGCAGGUAAAAUAUAAGCACCAGCAUUCCUUUUUGAGGUCCCUUUCUCUCUGGGGCUUUCAUGUUCUUGGCUGCCAAAAUGCCCCAGUGCCUUCUAAGGGUGUCGCCUCUUCUAGGGUUAUUGCAUUUGGAUUGGGGUCCUUCUAAAGAUGCAAUUUCAGACGUUCUGAUAGACAUGUGAGGGGAAGCAGUCUGGACAGCUCCUCUCACCACACUUUGGAAGCAUCGGCAUAAUCCAUGCUCACAGCUGCUCCUAGAGAAGGGCCCAGGCCUUGGGCAGAAGGGCAACAACCAACAAAUCCUCCUUGCUAUGUUUUUCCACUCAGCUGCUCCUGUGUAAUUGAGGGGGGUCAGUGCUGAAGGAAGAGGUUGUUUUAAUUUAUUAACUGCUUUGAGUACAACUGUGAGGAGGGUGUGGUGGGGCCCGUCUACCCCACAAGUGGUGGUGACCCUGGUGGUUGCUGUAUCCCUCCCCUCUGCUACUGGCUAGAGAAUCUUUGUGGCCAAGGAGCUGCUACAACCUGGGGUGGGGCCAUGCCCUCCUCUCCCUUUGGCCCUCUGCCUGGAGGAUGAGGCAGGGAUGCCCUGGAGGUGGACGAGCCCCCCUGCCUGGAGAGGGAGGCAAGCCCUUUUGACACAGGUCUUUCUUAUGGCCACAAGGUGCAGGCUGGUAGCCCAGGACCAUCAUGCUAUCUCAAUAAAGAUUCUGGAAUAAAAUGGACCUUGGCCUCUUG